GAUAAGAACACAUAGACAAAAAGCUUCUGAACAACAUCAUCUUUUAUAUAUUCUCCUUCUUCUUCUUCAUUUUUCUUUCUCUUUACUGUUGUUGAUGAUCAUCAAAAUGGCUGAAGAAGCAAAGCAAAAAAUUUUGGAUAUGGCUUUGCAGAUGAUAAACCCUAAUGAAGAAAAGGAAGAUCCUAGCCGGGUAGCCAUGGAUGGUGAUGAUGAUGAUGCUUGUGAGUAUGAAUCAACAUCUGUUGAAUCCUCCAUGGAAGAUUCAGCAAACUCGGCUGCUUCUUUCUCUUCAAUAGAUUUACUAGAAGAUGCAUCAUCAUCAUCAUCAUCAUCAUCAUCAUCAUCAUCAUCAUCAUCGUCGGCGUCAUUGAUAUCACAUGCAAAUGGACCUCUAUAUGAAUUAUCAGAGCUCAUGACCCACCUUCCCAUCAAGAGAGGACUUUCAAAGUUUUAUCAAGGGAAAUCUCAGUCAUAUACAUCUCUAGCAAGUGUGAGAAGCAUAGAAGAUCUUGCAAAGAGAGUGAGUGUGAGUCCACUGCACAGAUCUAAAAUGAAGUCUUGCAAGAGCUAUGCAGGGGUUUUAGAUAGCCAGAAUAAGUAUUACAGUCCCAAAGCCACCAUAUCAAAAAGGGCUGCAUCUUAUCAAAGAAGAUCUUUUUUAUCUUCUUUAGGUAAAAGAGGUUCUUUAGUGGGUGAUUGUUAAUUAUGGCCUCAUCCAUUUUUUUUUUUAAUUUUUUUUCAAAGGUUAGAAUGAGAGGUUGAAGCGUUAAAUUUAACUAAUAUCGAAAUAAACCCGGCUUAUGGAUGCGACUAA